CAUGUGCAUAGUUUAGCAAGGCCGGAUGCCUCUGGAGCUUUUUCCCUUUAUAGCACCAUUGAAUCCCAGACCUAAAAGAAGUACUGCGAAUCUUGUGGCCUUGUUCUGAACAAAAGGGAUUAGAGAAGAAAAAUCUCUUGAUAAUAAGGCUUGAAAGCAAGGGCAGGCAAUCUUGGUUGUGAAUAUUUUCUGAUUUUUCCAGAAAUCAAGCAGAAGAUUGAGCUGCUGAUGUCAGUUAACUCUGAGAAGUCGUCCUCUUCAGAAAGGCCAGAGCCUCAACAGAAAGCUCCCUUAGUUCCACCACCACCUCCACCGCCACCGCCACCACCCCUGCCAGACCCCACACCGCCAGAGCCGGAGGAGGAGAUCCUGGGAUCAGAUGAUGAAGAGCAAGAGGACCCUGCGGACUACUGCAAAGGUGGCUAUCAUCCAGUGAAAAUUGGAGACCUCUUCAAUGGCCGAUACCAUGUUAUUAGGAAGCUAGGAUGGGGACACUUCUCUACUGUAUGGCUGUGCUGGGAUAUGCAGGGGAAAAGAUUUGUUGCAAUGAAAGUUGUAAAAAGUGCCCAGCAUUAUACAGAGACGGCCUUGGAUGAAAUAAAAUUGCUGAAAUGUGUUCGAGAAAGUGAUCCCAGUGACCCAAAUAAAGACAUGGUGGUACAGCUAAUUGAUGACUUCAAGAUUUCAGGCAUGAAUGGAAUACAUGUCUGCAUGGUUUUCGAAGUGCUUGGCCAUCAUCUCCUUAAGUGGAUCAUCAAGUCCAACUACCAAGGUCUCCCAGUGCGUUGUGUAAAGAGUAUCAUUCGUCAGGUCCUUCAAGGUUUAGAUUAUCUACACAGUAAAUGCAAGAUCAUUCAUACUGACAUAAAGCCAGAAAACAUCUUGAUGUGUGUGGACGAUGCAUAUGUGAGAAGGAUGGCCGCUGAGGCCACGGAGUGGCAGAAAGCAGGUGCUCCUCCUCCGUCUGGGUCUGCAGUGAGUACCGCUCCACAACACAAACCUAUAGGAAAAAUAUCCAAAAACAAAAAGAAAAAACUGAAAAAGAAGCAGAAGAGGCAGGCUGAGUUAUUGGAAAAACGCCUGCAGGAAAUAGAAGAAUUGGAACGAGAAGCUGAAAGGAAAAUAAUAGAGGAAAACAUCACCUCAGCUGUACCUUCCAAUGAGCAAGAUGAUGAUUACUGCUCAGAAGUGAAGCUAAAAACAGCCGGGUUAGAGGAGGCAGCUGAGGCAGAGACUGAGAAUGACAACGGUGAAGCUGAGGACCAAGAAGAGAAAGAAGAUGCUGAGAAAGAAAACAUUGAGAAAGAUGAAGAUGACGUUGAACAGGAACUGGCGAACAUAGACCCUUCAUGGAUAGAAUCACCCAAAACCAAUGGCCAUAUUGAGAAUGGCCCAUUCUUACUGGAACAGCAGCUGGAUGAUGAAGAGGAUGAUGAAGAAGAGUGCCCAAACCCCGAGGAAUAUAACCUUGACGAGCCAACUGCAGAAAGUGAUUACACGUAUAGCAGCUCCUAUGAACAAUUCAAUGGUGAAUUGCCAAAUGGACAACAUAAAAUUCCCGAGUCACAGCUUCCAGAGUUUCCCACUUCGUUGUUCCCUGGGCCCUUAGAACCUGUGGCCUGUGGCUCUGCACUUUCCGAGGGAUCCCCCCUUAACGAGCAAGAGGAAAGCAGCCCAUCCCAUGACAGAAGCAGGACAGUUUCGGCCUCCAGUACCGGGGAUUUGCCAAAAACAAAAACUCGGGCAGCUGACUUGUUGGUGAAUCCCCUGGAUCCACGGAACGCAGAUAAAAUUAGAGUUAAAAUUGCCGACCUGGGAAAUGCUUGUUGGGUGCAUAAACACUUCACAGAAGACAUCCAGACACGUCAGUAUAGAUCCAUAGAGGUUUUAAUAGGAGCAGGUUACAGUACACCUGCUGACAUUUGGAGUACAGCUUGUAUGGCAUUUGAGCUGGCAACGGGAGAUUAUUUGUUCGAACCGCAUUCUGGGGAAGACUAUUCCAGAGAUGAAGACCACAUAGCCCACAUCAUAGAGCUGCUAGGCAGUAUCCCAAGGCACUUUGCUCUAUCUGGAAAAUAUUCCCGGGAAUUCUUCAAUCGCAGAGCGUGGUCUUCUCCUAAAAGGAGAAAUUGUGCAUUCGUGUUUGGGCAGUGGAGAAAGACGUGGACUUUUACAACUGGGGAAUUCUGCUGAAGAAAACACUCAAGAAGUAAACCUGAACCAUCUGGUAUCUGUGGAAUAAGAAUUUUGUAAGAACCACCUUCCCCUCCCUGCCUCUCCCUUUUCCUGCCUCAGGCACCAAUUUGUGUAUUUGUUUGUAGUAGGCGUUUUUUAGAAACCAGCAAGACUUAUCUUUGCAUUUUGCACGUUGUUCAUGGACCCAAACAGAGUGCCUCUGCAGCACAGCACAAGUGGCUAAGAGACUGGACUUAACACAAAGCUCUCCUUUGGUCUAUCUCAGCUAUUUAAUUAUGAAUAUAGGAGGAGCUGGCUUAAUACAGUAGUUGUAGGCCUGUGAAAUCCUAUGCACAUCAUGUUCUUAUCAGUCGGAUCUUAUUUCCCAUUAUAUCAUAGUUGAUUUAUUUUAAUGUUGUUGUUCUUGUUCAUUUUCCCUUGACAUCGACUUGAACGACUGUCUCAUUGCCUUAUGUAAUCCCCAGUUAGUGAUCAGUUUUAAAAAACACCCAGAAGUCCAAAGAAAUUUUUUUAAACACUCCUCAAUGCCAUAUUCUUUUGUGAGAGCAUAGUUGUUCCUCUUAAUUCAUGUUUUCCCACUUUAAAUUUUUAGUUGCAAUACGCCUUAAUAAAGAACUUAGAAAGCUGAUGUGAGCAGGACAUGGAGUUUGUAGAAAUUUCUGAAAAUCCCAGAUACUUUCCUAUCUCCCCUACCUUAGCCAAAUUUGGAAAAUCAAUUCGACUUUUUAUUUUCCUGUGAGAUAAGGAAUUCUUGUAGAGUAAUAAUCCUUUAUUAUACACUUUGGUGAUGUUCUGCUAACCAGCCUUUGGUUUAUCCUUUAAAUUACAUUUCCCUGUAAAAUAUGCAAGACCUGAGAACCAAAUGCACCAAAGUUACGGGUGAUGGUGAUUUUCUCCUCCACUUUCUCUGAGUCCUUUGACCACACCUCUCAGCUUUGCUGGACCACCCAGUGGAAGUGACUUGUGAAACUAUGUAACUAGAUAGCUUUUUAAGGCUUAUCACAGGAAAAGAAAUUGUCAUGGAAAAAACUGUCAGACCACCAGCAUUAAUUUUUGGUUGAGGAUCUGGCCCCCGAGUCUGGGUCAUAUGAGCAAGGGGCAGAGUGGCCCUACUCACACAGAUUAUCACAGGCCAUGUGGAGCUAAGGGCACUGGCUUUGCCCUUCACUUCUGUGUUCAGUGAUAGAGCUGGGGUUUGAUCCUGUCAGCUGUGAGACCGGGGCAUAUCACGUAAUCUCCUAACUUCAGUGUCCUCAUCCAUGAAAUGGGUAACAAGUUGCAUUGUUGUUUUAAGAACGUAUAAGAGGAUGAUAUAAUAGCUGUUAUUGUUGCUAAAGCAGAAGUUACAAACAGGAAAGCAUGGUAAACAUUCGCACAGCCUUCUAAACAGCAAUAUUACUGAGAGAAUGGACUAAGGUUUCCCAGGAAACUUCCAGAAAAUGUUGUUUAAAAAUAACAUUUUAUUUAUUUGGAGAAACUCUGGAUUAUUGUGGGCUGUUAUUCUCUGUGGCGGGGGAAAUUGUUUAUUUUAAUUGAGGCAGACUUCCAAAUUUCCAAAUGUUUUCAGAGCCUGUGGGAGAUGGACUGGCCCCAGGAAGACUUGGCUGAUAGAUGACUUCACAGUGAGCUCCUACCCACAGCCCUUCCCAUCACCUGGUGAGAGCUGGUGGAGAGGGGGCCAAGUGGAGCUCAGUCAGCCUCGUCUGUCUUGGAAAUCGAGAACAUCAUUGACCUAAUGCUGCCCCUGAGGACACGUGGGGCAGGCAAGAGAGGCACUGGGCCACAGCACUUGCUCAUUCUAGUCAAGUAGAGUCUCCUGAAGGUAGAUGGGUAGAUUCCAGCACCAGGGUUUGGGAACUGUUUUCCCACCACAGGAAUCUGGGUGGUGAGGACCUGCAGCUAAGAAAGGUGCCUGUGAAUUAAACCUUUAUUGUGGCUCUUCUUGAGUAGUCCUAGUGGUGCAGCAGUUAAAGUGCUUGGCUGCUAAGCAAAAAGUCACCAAUUGGCAUGUUAGAGUGGAUUUAUCAGGUUAGACCCACAGACUCACAGAGUGCCCAGGGGACAUACCCUUUACCACAAAGGUGAGGAACAGAUUUGUGAAGGGAGCUCCAGCAUCCUUGAAGACUGCUGUGAUUGCUAUUUUAUGUAAGUCAGAUUUGACAGUGGGAA